AUGGAUAUAUCAAGUCCAGUUCCUUUGACAAUUUUAACAUGUACAAGUUGUAUGUUUUUUAUUGAACUUCUAAGCAAGAAAAAAGAAAAUUGUAUGGUAUUUUUAACAUUUUGUACAUUUGCUUUUAUUGCUAUUCAUGGAUUAAUAUUUACUUCAAAAUUUUUUACUGUUAAAAGAAAUAUUCCUUUAAGAGUGUACUUUAAAAUUGCAUUUAUAUUUUUUAUUGUUAAUCUAUCAAAUAAUCAAUCAUUGCAGUAUAAUAUUUCUGUGCCAAUAUGUAUAAUUUUUCGAAGUGCUUCUCUCCUAGUAAAUAUGGCAAUGGGAUAUUUAUUUUUAAAUAAAAAAUAUACAUUAAAAAAAUUAAUUUCUGUAGUUAUUGUAACAUUAGGAAUAUAUAGUUUUAUUGUAGUAUCAGAUCAUAGUGUACCUAAAAAAGAAACAACAAUUUCAGGGUUUGCUAUUGGAAUAACUUUAUUAUCUGUUGCUUUAAUAUUAUCAUCUUAUUUGGGGAUAUUACAAGAAAAUAUGUAUAAAGAAUACGGUAAAUAUCCUCAAGAAGCAUCAUUUUAUACAUAUUUAAUAUCAUUACCUUAUUUUUUAAUAUUUUCAAAUGAAAUUUGUUUAGCUGUUGUAGAGUUUGAAGUAACAAAUAUAAUAAUGAUUGUAUUGAUAUGUCUAUUUCAAUUGUUCUGUAUCAAUAACGUUUAUAUUUUAACAACAGAGCUUUCUUCACUUGGUGUUACUAUGGUGUUAACAUUGAGAAAAUUUAUAUCAGUCAUAAUUUCUGUAUUUUAUUUUGGCCACAACCUUUCUAUAAUGUCUGAAGGGAGUAAAAAAAUAGCUCUUAUUACCGGUAUAACUGGUCAAGAUGGUUCUUAUUUGGCUGAACUACUUAUAGCCAAAGGAUAUUCUGUACAUGGUAUUAUACGCAGAUCUUCUACAUUUAAUACUCAUCGGAUUGCACAUUUAUAUGCUGAUCCAAAUAUACAUAAAGGAUCAUCAACAUUUCAACUUCAUUAUGGUGAUAUGACUGAUUCAUCAUGUCUUAUUAAAUUGAUAUCAAAAAUUCAACCAACUGAAAUUUAUCAUCUUGCUGCACAAAGUCAUGUUAAAGUUAGUUUUGAUUUACCUGAAUAUACAGCAGAAGUAGAUGCAGUAGGUACAUUAAGACUUCUAGAUGCUAUUGUAGCAUGUAAUCUUCAACAUAAGGUUAAAUUUUAUCAGGCUUCUACCUCAGAACUUUAUGGAAAAGUUCAAGAAAUUCCACAAAAAGAAACAACACCAUUUUAUCCUAGAAGUCCUUAUGCAGUAGCAAAAUUAUAUGCAUUUUGGAUAAUUAAAAAUUAUCGUGAAGCAUAUGGAAUUUUUGCUUGUAAUGGAAUAUUAUUUAAUCAUGAAUCACCAAGAAGAGGUGUUCAAGAAACAUUAUCUCUUGGUAAUUUGGAUGCUAAACGUGAUUGGGGCCAUGCAAAAGAGUAUGUAGAGGCAAUGUGGAGAAUCCUCCAACAUGAUGUAGCAGAUGAUUUUGUUAUAUCUACAGGAAAAACUGAAAGUGUAAGAGAAUUUUGUAAUUUAGCUUUUGCUGAAAUUGGUAUGAAAUUAAUAUGGCAAGGUGAAGGAGUAAAUGAAGUUGGUAUUGAAGAAAAAACAGGAAAAGUCCGUGUUCGUGUUGAUCCAAAUUACUAUCGUCCAACAGAAGUUGAUCUUUUAAUUGGAGAUCCUACAAAAGCUAAAGAGGUAUUGGGAUGGGAAGCCAAAAUUACAUUAAAAGAAUUGGUCAAAGAAAUGGUAGCAAGUGAUGUUGAAUUGAUGAAAGCAAAUCCUAACGCUUAA